AUGCUGCAGAAGAUCUUGGAGGAGUUUUCCAGCCUGCUGCGCAGACACUGCUUCUGCUGCUCGGCAGAAGGGCCCCACACCCACCCCAUGGCUUCAUCCUCCAGGAAGGCUGAGCUGCAGGAUUUGGCUGACAAGCCCCAUGUGGAGAGCCAUCAGGGCUGUCCCAAUGUGGUGACAGCCAGGUUGCUGCUGGAAGGCCUCGUCAGGCUGUCACAGAGAGCCGAGAUGGCAAGAAACAUUGAACUCUUCCUGCCGGGCAUGUUCAAGAUCCUGCAAGUUGGUGGGAAAGAAGCCAAGAUGAAGACCCUGCUGGCCUUGCGAAAUGUCCUGAAGAAGGGUCAGCUGAAGAAGACAAAGGCCAGCUUCAUCGCCGUGCAGCUUGUGGGGAGGCUCCUGCCCCUCUUUGACUCGGAGUGCAGCGAGCUGCGAGAGCUGUCCAUCUGCACGUUCACAGAGCUGCUGGCGUUAGUUGUUCGGAGGGAUGAGAAGAGGAUGAGGAAGGAGGUGUGGCGGGCACUGGUGCCGCUCCUCUUCCGUGUGAGCGACCAGGUCCCCAGCGUGGCCAAGGCCUCCAGGGAAGCCCUUCUUGCUGCCGCAGAGCUGCUGAGGUGGAAGACACUCAAGCACCUGCUGCAGAGAGAACGCCUGUGGGAGCUUGGAGUGUGCUUGCUGCAGAAGAGCAGGAGCAGGGCUGAAGAUUUCAUCCAUCAGAGCCUGCCAUACCUGCAGGACCCUCAGGCCAACGUGCGCCUGGCGGCCGUCAGGUUCAUCGGACUCCUCACACGGCACCUGAGGGACGAGGCCAUGGAGAGUCAGGCUGAGAUCCUGAGCGCCCUUCAGCCCUUGGAGACAGACUGGGACAUCUCUGUCAGCUCUCUGGCAGCUCAGACAACCGUGUUUCUCAGGAGUCCUUGUGUAUACCAAAGACCAAGAGGCCUUCUGCAAGCGCUGCGCUGCUGCUUGCCCUGAGCCUGGCAGAGGUGCAGCGUGCCUUGGCUAAAGGACUGGGGGUGAAUAAAGCUGUAACAACGUGCCCAAA